AAGUCAAAUGACCAAUAAGAAACAAUAUUAUUUUAACGAAAAACACAAUAAGACAAGCAUAUCACAUUCAGUCAGUUAGUUAACCAAACCGCCAACGAGCGUAAGCAACGAAUGUACUCAGCUGUAUUGGUGUGGUGUGUAUCACACAGAUUAAUUAUGUAGUUAAUCAGUCAAUCGGUAUGUGUAACGGUAUCAACAGCAAAGUGUCAUUCUGCGUUGCAUCAUACGUUGGAACAGAUUUUAUUUCUAGUUUUAUAAAUCUGAGCACAAAUUUUUCAUAAUCGAAAAUUGUGUUAAUAACAAUCAGUAGAACUUAAAUCAUUCAUUGUGAUACCAAACUAAACAGUGCCGUAAAAUGAUCACAAGAUUAAUAUCAAAUAUAUUAAAGUGUCUAUGUUUUAAAAUUAGAAGUCGACUACAAAAAUACUAUAUUGUUCUGUUUAUGCUUUCGGCGUUGCUGCAUUCGACGUUUUCUUCUGAUGAUGUCGCUAGUCAUAUUAGAAAAUGCUGCAUAAGUGGUAUUCAGUAUGCCGCUAAUGAAAAAAACUGCGAACAAUACGAUUACGAAAUGAACGCGAUACCCCCCCUGUGGCGUGGGCUUUGUCAUUCGACGUAUAGUGUUUGUUGUUCACGGAAAUUGGAGGAGCAGUAUUGUGUGGCAGGACGUUUAGCUGCUUUGCGGGGUACUCGUUGCGAUGAUGAAUAUCAUACUAACGCAUUUGCAAAUUGCUGUCGCGCUUGUCAGGUGGGCUUAGCUGUAAAGGCCAGUGGUAACGAAUGCAACAAUGCGCUUUUCUCAUAUUUUGCAAAACUCGAUACAUAUCACAUUUGCUGUGAUGGCGACAAAACUAAUUAUAACUAUUCCGGCGCUAUAAUAAUUGAUGAUUAUGUGAGUAAUGAAGAAAACGAUAAAUUGGAAACGAAAGCAAGAAAUUUUUCUAACGGCUCCGAUGAGAAAGAUCUCAUUGUUGAAGAAGAAUUGAUUGGAAAUGCUAGUGAUGGUACAAUCGUGCUGCCGGAAGAUGACGAUGAUAUAUGCGGUAAAGUGAAGAAUCUAUGCGCGCAUAUUUGUGAAAACACAAAGGAGGCGUAUCGUUGCAAAUGCAGGGCUGGCUAUAAGCUGGAUGAGAAUAAUGUGACUUGUUCUCCUAUAAACAAUGAUACAGCUAAAGUACACAAAAAUGAAAUCAAUGUGGGGGAAGCCAUAGAGGAGGUUGACGAAGACAAUGUUGGAAAUGGAGAAACACAGCCAAAACAAGGCGUAAUUGGGGAUAACCGGUCAGAAAAAAUUAAUAAAGUGGAUCCAAUACGUUGCGACGUUGGUUAUAAAUUUAACUAUAACCAAGGAAAAUGUCUAGAUGUUGAUGAAUGUGCUUAUAAAUUACACAAUUGUAAAAACAGUCAGUAUUGCCAUAACACUAUGGGCGGUUUCCACUGUUUGAGCGUGAAUUCCAAGAAGUGCGACCCACACAAAGAGAAAUGUGAAAAUAUCUGCAGUGCCGGUUUCCAAUAUAAAAAUAAUGGCUGUAUCGAUGUCGAUGAAUGCUUAGUAGAUGAAUAUGCAUGUGAUAGCAGUCAGAUGUGCAUCAAUGACAUUGGUGGUUACCGUUGUGAUUGCAAAAUAGGUUUUAAUCUAGAUGCAACCACGAACGCAUGUGUGGAUCUCAAUGAAUGCGUUUUGAUAAGCCCUUGCAGCUCACAUCAACGUUGCAUUAAUACAAAUGGUUCCUACCGCUGUCAAAACUUGCUACAAUGCACGGCGGGCUAUAAAUCCACUUCAGACGGCACAGAAUGUACAGAUGUUGACGAGUGCGCAACCGGAGAACAUCAGUGUGCUGAUAAUCAGAUUUGUCGAAACCGCAACGGUGGAUAUAUUUGUUCAUGUCCAUCUGGACAUCAGCUUUUACGAGUGCGUGACGGCGUAAGCCGUUGCAUAGACAUUAAUGAAUGUGGCCAAGGGCAUCCACCCGUUUGUCCCUCGAAUGCUCUAUGUCUGAAUACCAUAGGAUCAUAUUAUUGCGAAUGCAAAUCUGGUUUCCAAAAGAGCAAAGCGAACAAACGCAUUUGUUUGGAUGUGGAUGAAUGCCAGGAAAUUCCGGGUCUAUGCCAACAGAAGUGUGUUAAUUAUUGGGGAGGUUACCGUUGUACUUGUAACCAAGGAUUCGAGUUAAGUGCCGAUAAUCGCACAUGCAAUGAUGUAGACGAAUGCGAAGUACACAAAGCGUACAAACUCUGUAUGGGCUAUUGCAAUAAUGUACCUGGAUCAUAUGAGUGUUCAUGUCCACGGGGAUAUACGCUGACUUUGGACAAAAAUACUUGUCGCGAUAUUGACGAGUGCGCAACUGGAGAAUUUUGUACGGGGCAUAACGAUAUAUGCACGAAUAUACAUGGUAGUUACAAAUGUACAACCAUACAUUGCCAGUAUGGAUAUAUAAAUGAUCCGGAUCAGAAAAAUCGGUGUCGCUUGAUCAACAAUCUCUGUGAGGGCGACGAAUGCUAUAGCAAACCAUCUGCUUAUACUUACAAUUUCAUUACACUGGUCUCAAAACUUAUGAUACCGCCAGAAGGCAGAAUUGUGUUUACGCUUCGUGGACCUAUAUGGUAUGAUGAGAUCGACUUUGAUUUGAAAAUUAUAAAAAUUCAAGCGUCGGCUAAUAUCGAAAAAGCGUCGGAUAAUCAUUUUGACACUGUUAAGAGUAAACAUGAGGUUCACUUACAACUAAAACGUUCUUUGGAAGGCCCGCAGGAUAUUGAAUUAGAACUCGGUAUGACGGUUUUCACAAAUGGUAUGCCGAGGGGAAAGAGCGUUGCCAAAAUAUUUAUUUUAGUGUCACAGUACACCUUUUAAAAUUGGACCAAAAAACAAUAUUCAUAUAAAAUACACGAAUAUUGCGGUUUUUAUGAAUCAAA